AUGCUGGAACUCCCAUGCAAGCCAUCCGUUCAUGUUCAAGCUCAAGAUCACUAUCAAUGGCGGAAAAACCUCAACCCCACUUCUUAUUCAUCACGUUCCCCAUGCAAAGCCAUAUUAACCCCUCCUCGACCUCGCCAAGCACAUCGCUACCACCACCGGCGCCGCCGUCACCUUCUCUACCUCCGUCUUCGCCCACCGCCGCAUGUUCUCCUCCACCCCAACUCGGACAAAAGGCUUCAACGAUGGCCUCAUUACCUACCUCCCUUCUCUGAUGGCUUCGACGAAGAGGGUUACGGACGUGGCUUCUUGGAUGUCAAAGAGUACCGCUCAAUCUUCAGAACAAAUAGUAAACGCAACGUUUCCAUCCUCAUUAACGAGCUCAUCGCCGGUGGUCGGCCAGUGACGUGCAUGGUACACACUAUCUUCUUAAACUGCGUGUUGGACAUCGCCGGCGAGCUUGGCAUCCCUUCAGUCCUCUAUUGGAUACAAGCCACCAGCGUGUUCGUGACGUACUACCACUUCUUUCAUGGUUUUGAGAGUCUCAUCAAAGCGUAUAUCGACGACCUUUCGUUCACCGUCUGCUUUCCAGGGUUGCAGCCUCUCCAAAUCAGAGACUUGCCUUCAUUAGUUAGAACCAUCAACUCUGAUAGCCUAGAUGGCGCUCUUCUCUGUUUGUUUAGAGAGUUAUUUGAGUUCUUGGAUGAAAAAGCAAGAGGGGAUGAAGCGUAUAAAAAAAAGUACAUGGAGUGGUUGGACAAGAAGGAGGAGGGAUCAGUGGUGUAUAUAUCAUUCGGAAGUUUGUCAAUGAUGAAUAAGGAACAAAUGGAGGAGAUAGUGAAAGGGUUGAAGGAGAGCAAGAGGCCAUAUCUAUUGGUUGUGAGAAAGGAUAACAAAGAGAAAGAACUACUUGAGAUUGAUGAAGGAGGAGAUGGGAUGGUGGUGGAGUGGUGUUCACAAGUGAGAGUGUUGGCACACAAGGCAGUCGGAUGCUUUGUGACGCACUGUGGAUGGAACUCGACGUUGGAAAGCUUGGCGUUCGGUGUGCCAAUGGUGUGCUUGCCACAGUGGUCGGAUCAAGCAAUGAAUGCGAAGUUGGUGGAGAGUUUGUGGGGGUGUGGAGUGAAGAGUGCAGUUGAUGGUGAUGGUGUUGUCAAAGGAGAAGAGCUUGUGAAGUGUUUGGAGUUGGUGAUGGGGGAUGAAGACAAGGGUGUUGAGAUCAGGACAAAGGCUAAGAUAUGGAAAGACAAGGCUUCGGAGGCUGUGAGUGAAGGUGGAUCGUCUUCUCUUAAUCUAAACAAUUUUCUUCGAAAGAUUUCUUAAUGAUUGAUUUUUUUUUAUUUUUUUUAUUUUUUUUUUAUGUUUGUUAGUUUUUCUAUGUAAUAGAAUAAGAUUUUAUAUAUAAAAA